GAAACUCAAAUGAAGACCUGACCUAACUCAUCUUCUACCCUCCAUCUGUCCAUGGGUGCCCUUUGGGGUUGGCAACAAGAUAUGAGGGUUUUUGAAGGUUCCUGAGAGCCACAGAGUGUGCAUGAGCAGGAGAGCAAGGGUGUGAGUCCACUUCCCGUCGCCAGGCCCUGCCCCCUCGCCGCGAACUCCACCCCAUCCUGUCGGAGCCCGACCCGGCCCUGCGGAGCAGCCUCGCCAGUUGGGUCCAGCCUUGAAGUUAAUGCACAGCUCCGACUCAGGCGCCUCUCUGGAAACGGACCCAGGCUCGAAGCCCCGGACGCUGGGACAGGCCGCCCGCUGCCUGCCCCCGCCACGCGCGGGCCACGACGCCCCCCGCAGGGCUCACCCGCCGCCCCGGGGACGCCCGAGCGGCGCCUCCCCGAGGCCGAUGCCCACCCGGGAGUCCCAGCAUAACCGCGGCUCCCGGGGGGACCUGCAGACCCACCCACCUGGCCCUGGGCCCCCGCCACUGGUGGUGCCUCGUGUCCUGGAAACCAGCCCCUGCCGCCCUAUGGGGCAGCCCCAGCCAGAAGCCCACAAGGCAAAGCCCAGGAAGAUUGUAUUUGAGGAUGAGUUGCCCUUCAGGGCCCUCCUGAGCACCAAGAAGCCUAUAGGAGCCGUCCCUGGGAGGCAUAUGCGUAGGCCCUGCCCAGUGCCCGACUAUGAGCUUAAGUACCCACCCGUGAGCAGUGAGCGGGAACGUAGCCACUACGCAGCAGUAUUCCAGGACCAGUACACAGAGUUCUUGGAGCUCCAGCAGGAGGUGGGCUCUGCACAGGCUAAGCUCCAGCAGCUGGAAGCGCUACUGAACUCACUGCCCCGUGCCAGAAGCCAGAAGGAGGCCCAAGUUGCUGCCCGUGUCUGGAGGGAAUUUGAGAAGAAGCAGACAGACCCCAGCUUCCUGGACAAGCAGGCUCGCUGCUGCUACCUGAAGGGCAAAUUAAGGCACCUCAAGAUGCAAAUCCAGAAAUUCGAUGAGCGAGGAGACAGUGAGGGAUCUGUGUACUUCUGAGCAUCCGGGCAGACAGAGGGACACACUGGGGUGCCCCACCCUACCUUCUCUCCCUACCUCCCAGCCUUAGCUCUUGCUGUUCACUGUGACUGGGCAAUUUUCCCUGAUUGCAAAUGCCUCAGCCUUUGAGGCCUGGCUCUGAUGGUCCCUCCUCCAGGAAGUCUUCCUAGGAUCCCCUCUGGGGCACCCAGCCCUGACCCCAGAUCUCAGCCCAUCCCCUAGAAGCAGCUCCUGCUUUCCAUCCCAGUGGAAUAAACAUUUAUUAAGUUC